AUGAGUAUAUUGAUUAUUAUUAUUAAAAAUAUAUAUAUUUAAAUAAAAAAUAAUUUAUUGUAUCAUAUUUAUUACAUAUUAUUAAAAAUAAAAAGCAAUAAAAUAGCAAAUAUCAAAAUAAAUUUUAAUUUCAAAAAUUAAUUUGUUUUUUAUUUAAAAAGAAAAAUAUAUUUAUUUAUUCAUAAAUUUUUUUCAUUUAUAAAUUAUCUUAUAUUUAAAAAAAAGAGAGAUUAAAAAAUGAAAUAUUUAAUAAUUUUUAUUAGUUUAUUAUUUAUCAAUCAAUUAAGAGCUGUAAAAUGUCCUGCUGGUUCUCAGACUGAUGCUGGAUCAGAUUAAGUAGCUGCUGAAAAUAAUCUUCCAGAGUGUACUAAGUGUAAACUUAACUUUUACUAUGCUGGAGCGUCACCUUUGGCUGCAGGAAAUGCUGUUAAUGGUAUAUGCACAUAGUGUCCACAAAAUAAAAUAGAUAGUGUAGCCACUUUAGGCUCUGAGGCUACUAUAGCCAAAUAAUGUGACAUCUCAUGCCCUCCUGGUACAGUACUUGAUGAUGGAGUAAUACAAAAUUAUGUAAAGUCACCAGCUGAAUGUACUAAAUGUCUUCCUAACUAUUUCUAAUCAGUAGAAAAUAAUUAGAUCGUAGAAGCUAAAACAUGUGCUGAAUGUUCUUAUAAAUUACCUUCUGGUGCUUAAGCUAGAAUAAUUACUGAAGCUACUCGAAAAGUAUAAUGUGGCGUCGCUUAAUUUUUAUCAAUUUCCUUAUUAUUUAUUUCUUUCUAUUUGUUGUGA